UGUAUAAAGAGCCGGCUAAAACCCUAAUUUGAAAACCCCAUCGAGUGCAUAAACCCUUUGGAUCAUCUGCCCUUUUGGUUUUCCAUAUUUCCAUGGAGCACCAACGAGCAAGAAUAGGCGGUGAACAGCAGGACACAUCAGCGACGACACAGAAGAAAAAACGUAAAGAAGUUGCUCUCUAUGGUAACUACAGAAACUACUAUGGCUAUAGAAUUGGUCAGGAUUUGGAAGAAGAUCCAAGGUUAAAAGCUAUGAAGAAGGAGUGGUUUGAAGGCAAGGAUUGUCUUGAUAUUGGCUGUAAUAGUGGAGUGAUCACAAUCGCCAUUGCACAAAAGUUUAGCUGCCGAAGCAUCCUUGGAAUUGACAUUGAUGGUGCCAGAGUUAAUGAUGCCUAUUGGACUCUCAGGAGAAAAGUGAAGAGUAUGAGAACAGUGCCAGCAGGGGGUGACAAAUUAGCAGAAUCAAAUACUGUAAAUUGUUUAACAGACCCCGUGGCAGAGUCACUUAAUAAAAGGGCAAAGAAUGAUUGUACAGCACCUCAUCAUUUGCAAGAGGGAGAUUUUUUUGACAUAGUCUCCUUCAAGAAAGGAGAUUUUAUUCAGAAUUGGCAUCCAAGAGACAAUACAUCUUAUGAUACAAUUAUUUGCUUAAGCGUGUCAAAGUGGGUGCAUUUAAACUGGGGAGAUGAGGGACUAAUAACUUUGUUUUCCAAAGUCUGGAGGCUCCUUUCACCGGGUGGUGUCUUUAUUUUGGAGCCUCAGCCUUGGAAAUCAUACUACGAUAAUCGUCUUGUAUCUGAGACAACAAGAAUUAAUUAUCAAAAUAUUAAGAUCCGUCCAGAAGAUUUUCAAGACAUACUUUUGGACAAGAUUGGAUUUAGAAUGGUAGAGGACAUAACAUCUAGUGUAUCUGGUUGCAAAACUGGCUUUAAAAGACCUAUUUUGGCAUUCUGGAAGUAAUGUAUUAGGUUAUGAAAUUGCUUUUUGGUUGACCGAAAAUUAGUGUUGUAUAUAUGUGGAUUCCAGUAGGGAGCUAUUAACAUGCUUAAAACAAGUUUGGAAUUGGCUCUACAUCUUAUUCUCAUCCAGAAGCGUCAGAGUUUGGACAAACUGUCUAGAAGCUUCCUUAUUCUACGUCUAAUCUUUCAAAAUAACAAUUAUUCGCAUAA